AUGUCUAAAGUUCUUGCCGUCUUCGGUGCGACAGGGCAACAGGGUAGCUCGGUUGUGAACCACGUUCUCCAAGACCCAGCUCUCGCUCAGCAAUAUACGAUCCGUGCGCUCACCCGCGAUACGGGCUCCGAAAAGUCACAGCAGCUUAGGGCGAAAGGUGUUGAUAUUGUCACCGCCGACGUUCUCGAACGCGCUUCGCUACAGGACGCCCUCCGAGGCGUGCACACCGUUUUCGCCAUGACGACUCCUCUCAUCGGGCCAGAUGUGCCUGAAGGCGAAGCGGCCCUCAAUUGGGAGUUCGAAAAUGCAAAGCGCAUCGCGGACGUGGCUCUAGCUAUGGGCGUCAAGUACCUCAUCUUUAGCACACUGCCGUCUGUACGCGACGUUUCGGGCGGCAAGUAUACGGCCGUUACGCCCUUUGACGCCAAAGCCAAGGCCGAGACUUAUAUACGCAGUCUGAGCCCGAAGAUGGAAAGCGCAUUCUUCUGCCCUGGAAACUUCAUGGAGAACUUCCAGGCGCAGUUUUGGAUUGCGCCGCGUAAGAUAGAUGGGAUUUGGACUCUGGCCAGGCCAGCUCUUGCCACUUCCAAGAUUCCGUUGAUCGCGGCUGUUGAUGAUUCUGGGAGAUUUGUCGGCAAGAUACUCGCCCACCCGGAAAAGUAUGCCGGAAAGCGUUUCUGCGCGGCGGAAGGGCGGUAUAGCUGGGAUGACAUUGCCGCUGCGCUAGGGAAAAGCGCCGGGCAGAAAGUGGUUUACAAGCAGAUUGGGUAUGAGCAGUGGAGAGGGAUGUUUCCAUUUGCGGGAAAGCUUUUCGAGGAAGCGUUUCGAUACGCGGAGGAGUUUGGGGGAUAUUUUGGGGAGGAAGAGGAGAGCGAAUUGAGCUGGGCGAUCGGAGAAAUUGGAGAAAGGGGGGACUUGCUCGGUUUUGAGCAAUUCUUAGAGAAGUAUCCGUUCCAGUUGCAGGAAUGA